GAGCGGAGGAGGAGGUGGUAUCGCAGGGUAACGAGGUUUUUAGGAGUGAAAAGUAGUUUGUUGUAUUCUACCGUUUGCCGACUUUACACAGAUUAUACAAAGCUGGGACAAUGUAGGGACGUUUUGGCCGCCAGGGUCGUUGCUUCACGAUGGAGGAACCUGCGACAAGAGAGUUUGAAACGUUGCUGUCAGACGGUGCCUCGGACGACGACAUCCCCUUAACCUUACCCACAGAGGGGAGCCACUGCGGGAGCAUCCGAAAGGGAUGUGACCCUUUCGCUCAGACUCAGCGCAGUAAACUGCAGCACAGACGAGCUCGCAUCAACCAGCAGAUCAACAAGGAGAUGCGCAUGAGAGCCGGAGCAGAGAACCUGUUCAGGGCAACGACCAACAACAAGGUGAAGGAGACGGUUGCUCUGGAGCUCAGCUUCGUCAACUCCAACCUGCAGCUGCUGAAAGAAGAACUGGAGGAGCUCAACAGCAACAUGGAGGUCUACCAGACAGACAGUGAGGCUGUCAACGUUCCCAUGAUCCCGCUCGGCUUAAAAGAAACCAAAGAGGUGGACUUCACAGUUUCUAUCCAGGACUUCAUCUGUGAGCACUACGGAGAGGACAGCUCCCUCUACGACAAGGAGCUCAAGGAGCUUAUGGAGCUCAGACAGGCCAUGCGUACACCCAGUCGUAACCAGGCUGGUCUGGAGCUGCUGAUGGAGUACUACAACCAGCUGUAUUACCUGGACCAGCGCUUCUUCCCUCCACACAGGAACCUUGGCGUUCACUUCCACUGGUACGACUCUCUGACGGGCGUCCCGUCGUGUCAGCGUGCGUUGGCCUUCGAGAAAGGAAGUGUGUUGUUCAACAUCGGUGCUCUGUACACACAGAUCGGAGCGCGGCAGGACCGCUCUGCAACGGCUGGCAUAGACCGAGCUAUAGAUGCCUUUCAGCGAGCUGCAGGUGCAUUCAAUUACCUUAAGGAUAAUUUCUCCAAUGCUCCGAGUCUGGACAUGAGCGGUCCAUCGCUCUGUAUGCUGGUCCCGCUGAUGGUUGCCCAGGUGCAGGAGUGCGUCUUUGAGCGUGUCACGCUCACAACGCAGGACGCACACUUCACGUGCCAACUCCGCCUGGCACAAGAGGCUGCACGGGUCUCGGACGUCUACUUGUUAGUGCAGCAGACCAUGACCCAGCCUCUGAUGAAGGACUAUGUGCCGUUUUCGUGGGCGUCCAUGGUUCAGGUCAAAUCUGAACACUUCCGCGCUCUCUCACACUACUACACUGCUGUUGCACUCUGCGACCAUAUGUCGUCUGCUGAGGAGGAGGAGGCAGAGAAGGCUUUCCUCCAGUUUUAUGUCAGCACUCCUGCAGGGCCCUCACUCAGCCAGGUUCUACAAGACGCUGAAAAAAGACGAAAGCUUGGUAAAGCUCACCUGCGGCGCGCAGUAAUAAGACAUGAGGAGGCAAUGCGUGUCCAUGGUCUUUGUAAGAUCCUGAGGAAGAUGGACAUCCUGCAGGACGUGCUGUCCCUCACACACAAACGCUCUUUGGACAAGUACUCAGAGCUGGACCGAGAGGACGACUUUGACGAAACCGCCGAGGCUCCAGAGAUACAGUCUCAAACCCACCAGAAACCAGACAUCACCGCACCCAACUUCGCUACAGUCCAAGUUACUGAUAUCUUCCAAAGACUAGGGCCUCUGUCACUGUUUUGCGCGCGGGCUCGUUGGGGUCCGGUGCGAGUGAUCUGCCUGCAGAGGGGAGAAGGUGGACUGGGCCUAACGCUUAGAGGAGACUCCCCCGUCCUGGUGGCAGGAGUGGUACCUGGAGGCUGUGCAGCCGAGGCAGGACUGAGGGAAGGAGACUACAUAGUAGCCGUGGACGGACAGGACUGUAAAUGGGCCAAACAUGGUGACGUUGUCCACAUGCUGAAGAGCUGCAGCGACAGAGGAGUGGAGCUCAGUGUGGUCACUUUACACUCACAUGAUACACAGCAGGUGGAGAGGAGGGCCAUCAUGCUGUCCCACUGCAGCGAUAAAGAAAACACUCGGCAGCGUCUGCUGGGCGGGGCAAAGGGCCAGAGUUCUGCCUCCCUGCUGAACUGGAACCGGAAGAAGAAGAGAGAAGGCGGCGGGGCCGCCAAGAGAUUGGGAAGCACUUUCAGCCUGUCGUUUGGAAGCAUCAGAGACACGGAGGCCAUGUACUGAGACGUGACUGCAGAGGAACCACUCAGGGAAUCACAGCAGUGGAGCCCAUGGAACGAUGAGGGCUGCACACAGACUGACGUUCAGUGCUGCACCAAAUAACACAAGCGCCUGUGUUUGGUGGAGCGGGAGUGGAAAUGCAGGGAGCUCUGACAAAGAAGCACAAGUUUAUUCCAGUAAAAGUCUUGAUCCUUGCUCAUAUUUUUGCUCCAUCACAGCCCAAUGUACCUGGCAAUCAAAUCUAUGGAGGCCUACCUACCAGGUAGAAUACCUUGUAGCUUGUAGCUCUUUGCCAAUGUUUACCUCGCAAGAGUGAAAAGGGCGGCGCUUACUACCGCUGCCACUCAGAGGCGUACAAACUGUGGUGCGCUGUCUUGGAGUCUAGCGAUGUGUUGACGCAGAAUGCCGGGAAAGUUUUAGAUGCAGGGCAAGACGCGAGUGGGCGUGAACAGAUGCAGAUUCACCAGGCGUGGCGUGAACUGAGGCUAAAGCUGGUUCGUGUGAGUGGAAGCAUCAGAGCAGCCAACUGACACGAGUCACGCUGCCCAGCGUUAAGUCUUAAGGAUGCUUACAGCAUGUGAAUGUUGAGACCUGACAGGUCCCCAAACUCUUCUUCAAACAAGCAAUCUGAAUCCAGUGUUUUUUGAAGGUACCUCUGGUCUGGAAUUGGCUUUAAUCUAAAAAGGACUGAGCCUUUAUCGCAGUAGGUGUCGUAUGACGCAAACACGCCUCUUUGCAUCUGUUCACCGAUGAUUUAGAUGCACAUCCAUUUGAUCACGUUAGCUCCUUGUAUCAGCACAUCUCUAAUGUAUCUGGACUUCUUCUGUCUAUACAACGCAUCUGGGGACGCAAUGCUGUACGACCCGGCUCGCAAAGUUUGUAGUGAAAAUUAAGGACAGGGUUACUGAAAGCUCCUUUAACGAACUUUACAUAAAAUCAUGUAUUGUAGCAUUAAUGUAACUGAUGUUACAGGAACUGAGGGGGCAAAGCAGAAUUAACACUCAAGUAGUGUAUUUUUUGUGUCUUAUAUCAUCUAAGUGGUCUCUGAGGUUACACAACUCCGCAACACUCUCCUGUGUUCAACCAGUGAAGGUCUCCAGAAUCCAUCUUAAGCUCUCUGAUGGGUCCGGAUCAGUUCAUCCACUGAUACUUUAAUGUCAGUGUGACGCUGGAUUUCAUCCUCAGAUCAGUUUUCUUGGAGAUUUUUGUUUUGUUUUUGUUUUGUCAUUUCUGGAUUAUUAAAAGCACUUCAGAGGUUUUGAUCUAAUGUUUUGUAGUUUGGGUAUUUUUAACGCAGUGUGAAUAUUGAAAAGGAAAAAUCUUGUUGAUUACGUAGUUUCAACCCGGUGUUGCAAUAAUGGACACGAAACACAUCGAGAGGUUGUGUGUAUUUGAAACAAAAUGCGAUACUGAGAGAUUCUGCAGGAAAAGCACGAUGUGCUGCUAUUUGUGCAGAUGUUGCAUUUCUCUGAGGAGCUUCGUGUUGUCUUGUACAUAUUCUGUUCUUUACGGUUUCUGAGAACGUUGUUCAAGUCCAGCCACUGUACUGUAUGUUACAGUCAGCCAAUAUUAGCAUCUAUAGAUGAGGAUGUUAGUGUACAAAUGUUUCUUUUGACUAACAUUGUGUGAUUUUUUUUAUUUUUUAUUUUUUUUGGCAAGGUUUUGAUAAAACUAGAAUUGUGAGAACAGUAGCACAUUAUUGUUUGGUCCAGCCGCAAGUGAAAGCUGCGGGUUUUUGUUCUGUCCGUACAAUGCGCGUGCCAUGGUGGUCUGGAGUCAUGAGUACGGAAAGCCAGAGGUGACAAACACGAUUUCUCUGCUGUUCUUGAUUUGAAGGCAUCGAGCUCGUCAUGGUACGAUCACAACUUUCUUGCUUUCCUAACGCUCCCUCUGGCUUUCCGUACUCGGGUGUUAUGUCUCUACUCUGUGUGUGUGCGAGAGCGAGUAAACGUUUUGCAAUGCUGUUGUGAAGAGAAAUCGCUUUUCCUUCUCUUUGUGUUUUUCACUGAAUAUCUGACCAUCCCCAAGGACUCGGUUUGGGGAUUUGCACAGUAUUUUUUCAUAUGAAUACAA